ACAAAUCUUAUGAUUUUAUUUUUGAUCGAUACAAAAAUUCAUUUAGUAUUUCAGUGUCUGUAAAAUCUGAAGUUGCAAUCUUUAUCCAUCUCAAUUCCCUCAUAUUUAUACGCUAGCUACUUGAGUUAAAGAUGAUGAGUUGUUAAAAUCAGAUGCCACUUGUGUAUAAAUACUUUGAGAUCUGUUUUUCUCUUUCGUUCACUCCAAAGAGCAUCUUGAAGUUGCUAAAGAGAACGCCGCCAGCCAAUGGCUGAAAAGCAAAAAGUCGUCUGUGUUACUGGCGCAGGAGGGUUUAUUGCUUCAUGGCUCGUUAAGUUUCUUCUCUCUGGUGGCUACACUGUCCAUGGAACCGUUAGAGAUCCUUGUGAUGAAAAGAAUGACCAUUUGAAGAAGUUGGAUAAAGCUGCUAAGAAUCUGAAACUUUUCAAGGCAGAUUUGUUUGAUUAUGAAGGUCUUUCUUCAGCCAUUGCUGGUUGCUCUGGCGUUUUCCAUAUCGCUUCUCCUGUGCCUUUUGAAGGAGUUCCUAUCACAGAGGAAGAAGUGAUUAAACCAGCUCUCACUGGCACCAAGAAUGUUCUAGAAGCAUGUACUGAAGCUAAAGUGAAGAAGGUUGUGGUUGUGUCAUCAAUUGCUGCAGUUGUUUACAACCCAAAAUGGCCUCAAGAUGCUGCCAAGGACGAGGGUUGUUGGUCCGACACUCAAUACGUUUACUCACUUGAGGGUUACUGGCCUUAUUACUAUCUUGCCAAAACGUUAACGGAACGUGAAGCUUUAGAGUGGAGCAAGAGAAACUUAGCUGAUGUUGUUACGCUCUGUCCGUCUGUCACCAUAGGCCCUAGGCUUCAAUCAAGGCUUAACUCUAGUAGUUUGGGGCUUCUCAGAUUUAUAAAAGGCGGUAUAAAAUCCUUGUUGAGCGAUGAACUGUAUCUUGUGGAUGUGCGUGAUGUGGCGGAUGCGCUUUUGUUGGUGUAUGAAAAUCCAAAAGCAAAAGGAAGAUACAUUUGCAAUUCUCAUUCACUAUACACCGAUUCUCUAAUGGAGAAACUCAAGAAUAUGUAUCCUAAACGCAACUUCCCUGAAAGUUUCACGGAGAGCACAGAGAAGGAGGUGAAGGAAGUAAGGCUUCUAAGCUCAGAGAAGUUGCAGAAUUUGGGAUGGAAGUUUAGGCCAUUAGAAGAAACCAUUGAUGAUUCAGUGGUGAGCUUUGAAGCAUUUGGUGAUCUUCCAAAACCAUACUAAAGCUUUACUCACAGAGUCAAAGUGUCUGUUUUUUCACUCUUUAGUAGUACUUCUGAAAUAAAGUAAUUCCAUGAAAUGGUUUUGGUAAAAAAUCAUUUUCAUGGUAUUGGUGUUCUUUCUUUUGUAAAAGUCAGAUCUUUAUUACUUUCACUGACAUGAAUAAUUUGAUGGAACAUUUGAGAUACUAAUUUAACGGUUUGGUUUGUAUUUUGGA